GACCGAUUGAGUGAGAGCAAGUGCCGCGCAUAGCGUCCCUCGCCACACAGAGUGUCUGUCCCCCCCUUCCCCCGCUCCGCAUUGUCUGUCAUUCCUAUGCUAUCAACUAUGUACACACCCACACCUCUGCCCCUCCCCACGUAGAUCUUACGAAAAAGACAGGGACGAUAUACUUGCCGUCACCAGCAAGUGAUUCCAACUGCCCCUCGCCCCUCCUCCCUCCCUCCCUCCCUCCCUCCCUCUCUUUCUUGUUUGGUGUUUGUACCGCAGAAAGCAAGCUGGCGCAGGAUUAAACAACACCGAACAAAACGGACCAGAAAAAACACCCACGUCAUCGUCCUGCCUGUCUGCCGUGUCGCUGAGUCAGUCGUCAUCAUCCUCCUCGUCCUCAAGCUUCCCCGCCUCCCUGUCCCCACACACAUACAGACAGGAGAGAGACAAACAUCCCCCUCACUCCAUUGUGUGUGUCUUCGGUCCCUCAGCGACCCACCUCAUCUGUCGCAGCAGUUGGAACUCGUUGUAGUGUCCCUUCCGCUUGUCGGCGAAGGCCUUCUUCUUUUUCUCCUCCUCACCGGACCUCGGCCCAACAGCCGGCGACGGCUCGCAGCUCGAGUCGCCCGACUCGCCACCACGGGCAGCCCUCUCGGCCUCCUUCCGGGCCUUGUGCGCCACCAACUUGUUGAUCAACUCGUCCGGGGAUACCGCCUGAUACGCACACGAGAGAAAGAGAGAGAGCAGGUGCAUGAGUGAUCGGUCAGCGGGCGAGCACCUGUGCUGUCCAUCUGUGUACCGUCCGUGAGUUCUGUUGCAUAACGCUGGGUAGGCUCUGCGCGUUGCGGAGAGGGAUCGCAGGAGGCCCGGCACCGUCCUGCAUGACGACGUCCUCCUCCAUGGCCUGUGGGGUGUCGUGACCCUAUCAAACCACCACAACACGACACAUGCACUCAUUUGAGAGCCAGCCACUCAUUGAGAGAGAGAGAGAGAGAUCAUUCAUGCAUCGUGGGCUGACCGAAUCGGCUCCCUGGUGGUAUGGCGUGUCCGGCUCCUCAAUCUUCAUGCGCGUGCCGCGCUCCUUAUCGUGCUCGGCGAUGGUCACCUCAUCCCAUGAUAUGCCCCUGACCGGCAGACAGACACACGAGCAGAGAUAGCCGAAGGCAACUGACUGCUGCUGUGAGUGAGCUUUUCUGACAUUUGGCGGCUUACUUUCUCUGUUUGGGCAGUUUGAGUUUGCCAUCGAGUUUCUUCAGGGCUCUCUGAGGCUCGGCGCCGCUCAUCGCGAAGAAGAAACUAAUUUGAGACCGACUGGCAGAGAGAAGCCUCAGAACGGCACAGCGCAAGGCGCAAAGCUCC